AUGUGGAAUCAGCUGGGAGCUGUCCUUCUCUUUGCAUCUGUCCCGGUCUACGGCACGAGUGACACGUCCAACCCCCUUACUCAGGGCAACAGUACCUCACCAUGGCCUAACUCCGUUUACUCAAAUGGUACCGAUACCAGCAACCCUGUGGUCGCCGCAGGCUCCAAGUCCAACCAAACUUCACCCCCGUGGUACCCAUCACCAUGGGGUGAGGGUCUGGGUGACUGGGAAGCCGCAUAUGCUAGGGCCAGAUCAAUCGUCAGCCAAAUGACCCUUCCAGAGAAGAUCAAUCUUACAACCGGUGUCGGAUGGGAGCUUGAGCGAUGCGUCGGUCAAAAUGGCGCCAUCCCUCGACUCGGAAUUCCCAGCAUGUGUAUGCAAGAUUCGCCCACGGGAGUCAGAGAUACGGAUUACAACUCAGUCUUUCCAAUGGGUGUCAAUGUCGCAGCUACUUGGGAUCGCGGCAUGGCCUACGCUCGUGGACAAGGAAUGGGAUAUGAACACAAGCACAAGGGUAGCACUGUUCAGCUUGGUCCUGUGGUUGGUCCACUGGGUCGCGUACCCGAGGGCGGAAGAAAUUGGGAAGGCUUUGCGCCUGACCCUGUUCUCUCGGGGGUACUUUUUGGUGAGACUAUUUCUGGAAUUCAGUCGCAGAAUGUUGUUGCCUGCGGCAAACACUUUAUUGGCUAUGAGCAGGAGCAUUUCAGAACUACGGGUGAUUAUGCCGAGUACCACGUCAAUGAGGCCUACAGUGCCAACAUAGAUGAUGUGACAAUGCAUGAGAUGUAUCUCUGGCCCUGGAUGGAUGGCGUGCGCGCUGGAAUGGGGUCUGUCAUGUGCGCUUACAACCAAAUCAACAACAGCUAUGCGUGCCAAAAUAGCUACAUGCUCAACAAGUUGCUCAAAGCGGAAUUAGGAUUCCAGGGCUUUGUCAUGAGUGACUGGAGCGCGCAAAUGUCUGGUGUUUCUAGUGCAUUAGCUGGUCUCGAUAUGACCAUGCCUGGUGACAUAGCUUUCGACUCCGGAACCUCAUACUGGGGAAGCAAUUUAACCGUAGCUGUUCUGAAUGGCACUGUCCCCCAGUGGCGGGUGGAUGAUAUGGCCGUUCGUAUCAUGGCAGCUUGGUAUUACGUUGGUGUGGAGCAAAAUUACGUUCCCAUCAAUUUUGCUUCCUGGACGCUUGAUACCUACGGUUAUGAGCACUACGUUGCAAAUGAAGGAUACGGUCUGAUCAAUGAACAUGUCGACGUGCGGAACAACCAUGGAGCCCUGAUCCGGGAGAUUGGGGCGGCCAGUGCAGUCCUACUGAAGAAUGUCGACGCACUGCCCUUGACAGGCAAGGAAAAGUUUACUGGGGUCUUUGGAUCCGAUGCCGGUCCAAACGCAUAUGGUCCCAACGGGUGUUCGGACCGUGGAUGUGACAUGGGUACCCUAGGCUGUGCGUGGGGUAGUGGGUCAUCCAAUUUCCCCUAUUUGAUCACCCCAAGCUUCGCCAUUGAGAACGAGAUCAAUAACAACGGAGAUGGAAUUUACCAGGCCGUUCUCGAUGACUACGCCUACUCUCAGAUUGAGUCAGUGGCUGCCCAGUCCUCGGUGGCUAUUGUGUUCGUAAACUCUAACAGUGGUGAGGGAUACAUCACUGUUGAUAAUAAUAUCGGUGAUCGCAACAAUCUGACCCUCUGGCAUGACGGAGAUGCUCUGAUCAAGGCUGUCAGCUCAGUGUGCAACAACACCAUCGUGGUCAUCCACAGCGUUGGUGCAGUCCUUAUGGACAGUUUUGUCAACAAUGACAACGUAACGGCCAUCAUCUGGGCCGGUGUUCCUGGCGAGGAGUCUGGGAAUUCGAUUGCCGAUGUCCUCUACGGCAGGGUCAAUCCCGGCGGUAAGCUACCAUUUACAAUGGGCUCCUCUCGCAAGGAUUAUGGAGCAGACGUGUUGUACAAUCCCAAUAGCGGCCAGAGCGCACCGCAGCUCGAUUUCACCGAGGGUCAGUUCAUCGACUACCGCGCCUUUGACAAGGGCGACGUGACUCCAAUAUACGAGUUUGGUUACGGCAAGAGUUACACCACAUUCAGCUACUCAGACAUCACCAUCACAAAACACAAUGCCGGAAAAUACACACCUACUACAGGCUCUACUUCUGCAGCUCCAGUGCUUGGCCAUGUGUCUGAUCAUAGCUCGGCAUACACCUUCCCGGACAAUAUCACCCCAGUCCCCUACUUCAUCUACCCAUACCUCAACUCUACAUCCCUGAAGAAGUCAGCCGAUGAAUCCGACUACGGCUCCUCUGACUUCAUCCCUGCCAACGCCCUCAACGGUUCUCCACAACCCCGCCUUCCAUCCAGCGGCGUCGGUGGAAACCCUCUGCUAUGGGACGUCCUAUACACGGUAACAGCUACUAUCGCCAACACGGGCAAGAUAGCCGGUGAUGAGGUAGCGCAGCUCUACGUGGGACUCGGAGGGCCCAACGACGUGAUCAGACAGCUUCGUGGAUUCGAGAGACUUCGCAUCGCACCUGGAGAAGCUGCUACGUUCACAGUUGAUCUUACUCGGCGUGAUCUCUCAAAUUGGGAUACUGUGUCACAGGACUGGUUUAUUUCGGACUAUGAUAAGACUAUUUAUGUCGGUGCUUCUUCGCGGAAUCUUCCAUUGAAGGAGACCAUUUCCGAUGCUUCGGGCUUUAAUUAG